UACGGGAAUAGGUAUAAAGAAAGACAUCUAUAUAAAACCAAAACCAAGAUGAUGUCACAUACUGUGAGGGUCUUCAAGAUGAUGUACAUUGUGGCGGGCAUUCUCAUCAGCAAUGCGGAGAUCUGCGAUACAGUCGAUCGCAUACAAAUAGCGCCACGCGUUGACCUCAAGCCGGAAUUCGAGCAGAAGUAUCUGACCUCGGGGGGCAAUAGCCCGGGCAGUCGAUCCCGCACCCAUUCCAGGCAAAACUCAGGAAGUGGUUCGGGUUCGGAGGAGGGAGCCCCCAGCAAGAAAAGAAAACUCAGCGUUACUGGGUUGGCAGGGGGCGUGGUUCGGGGAGUCACCAGUCAGGUCUCCAAGAGAGUUGGUCACCGCUUCGUGUGGCUCUCCGACAUCCGACUGAUCCUCCAGCAAUGGCGAGUCCUCGCCCUCAGCUUCAAUCUCUGGACCAUUCCCAACUUCUUCGUCCAGUGCCUCACCAGCUACAUGAGCAAGAAGCUGCUCAUCAACAGCGACUGUGAUAUGAUCUACAAGUAGGAUACAAUAUCCUAUAUAUAGGAUAUUGGAUAUUGGAUAGUAGGGCAGCUACACCAAGAGGUUGCAAAUUUAUUGUUACUUUAGUUUUUACAUAGCUUUAAGAUCUGAAUAAACAACUGCUAGACAUUUAGA